AUGGCCAACCUGACAGCAGUAACUGCCUUCCUCCUCCGGGGCUUCUCGGCUGUCCCUGAGUUACAGCUGCUCAGCACGGCCACCUUCCUCCUCAUUUACCUGGCCACUGUUCUGGGAAACAUCACCAUUGUGGCGGCCGUGACACACGAUGCCCGCCUGCACACGCCCAUGUACUUCUUCCUCAAACACCUCUCCUUGGUGGAUAUCUGCUCUGUGUCCACCACCUUGCCCCGGGCCCUGGUGGCCACCAUGCUGGGCUCCAGGGAGAUUUCCUUGUGUGCAUGUGCAUCCCAGCUCUUUGCCUUUGUCUGCCUUGGGUCCACGGAGUGUUUUCUCAUCACCUCCAUGGCUUUCGAUCGAUGUCUGGCCAUCUACAAGCCCCUAGUUUACACAGCAAUCAUGAGCCCCCAGACCUGUGUCUCCCUGGUGGCAGUGGCCUGGGGCAGCGGGCUCCUUUUCUCUGCCUUCCACACAGCCAACACCUUCUCCCUGCCUUUUUGUGGCCCCAACGUGAUUGAGCACUUCUUCUGUGACAUCCCCCCACUUAUGCGCCUGGCCUGUGCCAAUGCGGAUGCCCACGAGGCGGCAGGGUCCACAGCCAGUGGCUGCAUCAUCAUGAGCUGCUUCGCCCUCACUGUUCUGUCCUAUGUCCGCAUUGUGGCCACCGUGUUUCAGAUCCAUUCCACGGGCGGCCGCUGGAAGGCCUUCUCCACGUGCUCUUCCCACCUGGCCACCGUUCUCCUGUUUUACGGCACCGGUAGCUCUGCCUACAUGCAGCCCGCCGCCAGCUACUCCCCGAUGCAAGGGCGCGUAGCUGCUGUCUUCUACUCUGUCCUCACACCCACCCUGAACCCACUAAUCUACAGCCUGAGGAACAAGGACAUGAAUGGAGCCCUGAAGAAGCUUUAUCUUCAGAGAACUCAUACAGGCGAGAACCCCUACAAGUACCCUGACUGUGGGAAACCCUUCUGGAAAACCUACAAAUGCAGUAACUGUGAAAAGACUUUCAGCUACAGCAACUCCCUCAGCCUCCGCCAGAGAACUCACACUGGGGAGAACCCCUACAUGUGUGAGCAGUGCGGGGACACUGGAGGGAGAGCCCCUACACAUGAGCAGUGCGGGGACACCUUCAGUACUGCUCCUCCCUGA